UGAUAAUUAACAUAUUUAUUAAAAACCCAUUUAUCUUUCUUUUUUUGGUCAUUCUUAGUAAGUCAACAUAAUUAUAAAUUCAGGUUUUUAUUUAGCAAGUGUUACUUCCUGUUGAGCUGUGUAUUGUAAAAAGAAAAAAAAAACAACACAAAUAGAUUGCAGAGGCAAUACAGUUUGUAACUGUAUGUGCUGUGUUUUUUAAGUAAGUAAAAUAAACUGGAACUAGAAAUGUUUAUAUCUUGAUUUUUUUUUUGUGUGUUGAAUUUUUUGGUCAAAUUAAUGGUUUUACAUUUUUCCUUGACUUUUCAAAGAAUGCUUCGAGAAUUAUACAAAGACUUGAUCUGUUGCUAUAUCAGUGACCUUUUUUUACCUAUGACAUUCUGAAGAUACCAGUAUUUCAAUGUAAUAAUAUAAUUAAAUAAAUAUAUAAUUUUUCCUACUAGAAUGCCUCUUGGGAUGAAGUUGUGCACUCAUACAGAGGGAAAACAAACUAAAAAGAAGACUCUGAGGCUGAUUAAAUGGCUGCAAAAGAAACACCUUCUAAAGAAGAAGCUGAGAUGCCCUGUUUGCCACCAUAAGAUGAAAAUGAUAUCUGUGGUGAAGAAAGACCAAUUUAUGUGGUGCUGCAAAAGAGCAAGUCAUAGAAAAGUCUCCAGAACAAUUAGAACUGGCUCCCUCUUUGAGAAAUCAAAAUCUUCUCUUUUCAGUUGGAUGAAGUUCAUCUACAGAUUUUCACAAGGGCUCAGGCUCAGGCAGAUAGAUAUGAUUGAUGAUGAUGUGGCUGGCAGCUCCAAAACAUUAAGUGCCAUGGCAAAGCGUAUUCGACAAGUCUGCAUCAGUGCAAUGGAAAGACAUGGAGUAAAUAAAGGGCACUGUCUUGGUGGUCACAAAGAAUUUGUGGUUAUGGAUGAAAGCUGUCUCCGUCAUCAGCGAAAGUAUGCACGUGGACGCUUCGGAAAUGCUUGGAAAAGAAAGAAAUGGGUCUUUGGACUGAUGGGAGUGAAAGACAAAAGGCGAAGGCUCGUGUUAAAACUUGUAGAGAAACGAACGAGGCGUCACCUUGUUCCUCUGAUCAGACAGCAUGUUAAGUCGGGUAGUGCCAUUAUCAGUGAUGAGUGGAGAGCCUACAAGAAUGUCUUGACAAACAUGGGGUACAAACAUUACACAGUAAAUCACAGCAGGUGGUUUGUUGAUCCUCACUCGGGCAGUCAUACACAACAUAUUGAAAGAGCUUGGAUGACAAUUAAAGGACAUAUUCGCAGACUAAGAGGAAAUCGUACAGAGAUGUUGUUGGAGGAACAUCUUAAAGUUCUCGAAUGGUCAUCUCGGCUUGGUUCAAAACAUCCUGAUGGACCACUGGGACGCUUAUUCAAGGACAUAUGGAAAUCAUUCCCAGUUUAACCUGAAUCUCUUCUACAACAGUUUUUUUUAGGGAGGGGGUAUUUGGUGUGUUUGAUGAGUUUGGAUGUUAAAUGUGCUACACUUACAAUACAUGACCAUUUUUGACAGUAGUUAACAUAGUUUGUACAAAUAUUUUAAGCAUUUAGUGUAACUCUGAAGUUUAACAAAUUUAAACAUUUAAGACUAAUUUUUGGUAUUUAUAAAUGUUUAUUAGUCAUUAAUAAAUAAAGAUAUGUUUUAUACUUUACAAUAAGGCUCCAGUUUGUAUUUAUAAAUGUUUAUUAAUCAUUAAUAAAUAAAAACAUGUUUUACACUUUACAAUAAGGCUCCAGUUUGUAUUUACAAAUGUUUAUUAAUCAUUAAUAAAUAAAAACAUGCUUUGCACUUUAUAAUAAGGCUCCCUUUUGUAUUUAUAAAUGUUUAUUAAUCAUUAAUAAAUAAAGACAUGUUUUACACUUUACAAUAAGGCUCCAGUUUGUAUUUAUAAAUGUUUAUUAAUCAUUAAUAAUCAUUAAUAAAUAAAGACAUGUUUUACACUUUAUAAGAAGGCUCCAGUUUGUAUUUAUAAAUGUUAAUUAAUCAUUAAUAAAUAAAGACAUGUUUUACACUUUACAAUAGCGCUCCCUUUAAUCAUUGUAAGUAUUUAUAAUGCAGUUAUAAGGUACAUUAAUUAUUUGCCCAAAACUGUGUUUACAAAUGCUAAUAGUGCUUAAAAGAUAGGUUCUUAGUUUGAAAUGUUUAAUAUAUGAAGUCUAGAUAAAGUACAUAAGUCAACAGAUUUGGUUCACUAUUUGGCAAAAAACUAGUAGGUUUAGUCUCUUUCUCACCCUUAAUUAAUGCAUAAUAAACAUUAAUUAGUCAUAUAUAAGGCAUUAUAGAUGGAUUAAUAAUACAUUUAUAAACCAUUUAUUAGCCAUUUAUAAGGGAGCCUUAUUGUAAAGUG